GAAGACAUUCACAGGGAAGGUUUAAUAUUGUCGGACUUGAGAGUAUUAGAAGAGAGGCUGGUUUAUAUUUUGGGCUGUUCCGGCUCCUGCAGUCUAUUUGCUAUCCAUUAUUGUUUGCAGUGCUUUUAGCCGCGCACCGCGAGCCCUGGCUGGUGGAGCUGUUGACACGCGUAGAGUCGAGCAAGCGUGUGCUUCUCGCCCUGGCGUCUGCUCACUCAUCUUUCUGCUUCCAUUUCCCACACAACCUCCUCUAUCCGCCAAUUCUCUCUUCUCUCUGCCCUCUCCCUCCUGAGAGGUUCCUGUAUUUCUUCUUUUUUGCUUUUCUUUUCGGUUUUCUUGUCCUAUCAUUUGCUAUUAUAUCAUUUGUUCUAAGCUUUUGUCUUUUCUACUUUAAAAGUGUUCCAAGCGUGAGCCUCUUUUUAUAUAGCCCGUUCCACGAGCAAUUGGUGGACUUCGACGCGAUUUUUUCAGAGACUAGGGUUCUAGAAGGGAUAAACUGCUCGACUAAUACGUGUUCCGGCUCCUCAUUGCUCAGAAUGGAGUCCUCUCCCCCGAGAGCAGACACCCUCUUGUCUCCCAUCGCCGGCGUGAAGAGGCCUGCCUCUCUUCUCCCGGCCUUCGAACCCUCGUCUUCUCCGUCCUUGCCUCGUCCCUAUAAACGUCUGGCACGCGAGUCCGGUGAUGAAGCGUCGACAUAUCCAACCCCAGUUCCCACCUCUUCUACCGCAAUCUUGACCUCCUCCCCUCCUCGCGUGCAGGCAGCUCGCCCGAGCCUUAAGCGAACACACUCAAUGGUUUCUGAAAGAGCUCCAUUAGCGACUGUGCCUUCGGUAACGCUACCGCUGUCAGGGGAGUCCAUUCUGAUGGGUAGAUCAAGCGCCUCUUGCCAUUUUCAACUGUCAGCCAGUCGAUUGAUUUCGCGAAUCCAUGUUCAAGCCACAUAUAAGCCUUCGACAAACCCGUUUGAUCGAGAUAGGAUUGAGAUUCUUUGUACUGGGUGGAAUGGAAUCAAAUUGCAUUGUCAAGGAAAAACUUAUGAAUUGAACAAGGGCAAAACUUUCACCUCUGAUAUCAAAGACGCAGAUGUAAUGAUCGACGUGCAAGAUGCACGAGUGUUAGUCCAGUGGCCCAGGCACGAGCGAAAGGACUCUGCUUCGACUACUACGUCCGAUCAGACCUGGGAAGAGAGUUCCCCCGUGAGAAAACCUCGUACUGCCUCGCACCCGCUCCCAACCAGCCCUCUACGAAGCCGUGGACGACUCGCUUCCCCAGUAUCUCCGUCUCCUGCUGUUCAAGCUCUCCAACCUUCUGAAACCCCUUUGUUGACUCCCAGCCGCUCAGUGCAUAGUGCCGUGGUUGUAUAUGAAGAUGAACCAUCUCCCACUCGUCAAAAGGAUUUCAAGUCCGUCUCCCAGCUUAUAGAGGUAGCUUCGAGCCCUUGCAAUAAUGGGAAUCUUCAGAACUCCAUGACUAGCUCUUGCGAUGGGAAGGUCGAAGAGCUAUCAGAACAUGACGAAGAAAACGACCCGAUCGUCCAUUCUUUUGGCCCCUUUGGGGAUAAUAUCCUUCCCCGUAUGGCUUCAUUCAACGCAGGCACCUCUCCUGUUCGAUCUCCCCUUGUCAAUACUCGAAAACAUGUUGUUUCACCCCGCCAGAGCACCACCACAACUAAACCUGCCAAAACCGAGGAUAACCAGCAUACUCUCAAGCAUAAAGUACAGAACCACGUUGUAAAUCAGCUCGCAUUUUCUCGAUUGUCAUCAACCCCACUCUCGACGAUUAUCAGCCAACUCCCCUCAGAGCUAUGGAAGAAGGCCCCUUCAAGUAAUGGCGCUUUUUCUAUCCCGGAGAUCAAAUCUAUCAUCGGCACAGUCGCUUGCAUUGGGGAAGUGAGCCGGGAAGGUAAAGACGCUGCAGGCAAACCCUUGGAAAGCGAGUUUUACUACAUUCCCGACCUGGACGAGGAUGAAAAGCGAAAGGAGGCUGUUGUUAAUGACUUGAUGAAACCUGGGUUGCGGAGUUGCAGAAAACAACACAAGCAAUAUUACUGGCGGAAACCCAAAUAGCCGAGAGCCGUCCGGAAGGGAAAAUUUAUCAAUUGUUCCUUUGACCGAGUCGAGUCGAAAACACUUGAAGCGUCCGGAUUUUAUGAAUCACUGAUUGACUGACAAGUCCGUUGAAAAUGACAUAAUGUUAAGAUUAAUUUCUCCUCUCUGGAGAAAACACCAAAUUUCAAUUUCUUAAUAUUUUAGAAAACCGAAAGAGACAAGAUCCCCCCCAUCCCUUUCAAACAGAAAAAGGAAAAGAAAAAGGAAAAGAAAAAAAGCCCAAGAGAAGUAAUUCCAUCCUAUUCUUUUCCAAAUUACCCUUCUCGCGUACAGUUUUUUAAGCAUUAGCAUAGCGUUAUUUGGGCACUCUAUUCAUUUAUCUACUAUAUCCCUAGCCUCUGUUUUUCUUUCCCCUUUUCCUUUGUUGUCUUCGUGUAUUUUUCUUUGGACACAACCCCCCAUCCAGAGUUCUCAUUUCUUAAAUACCCGAAAUAUCUGCAGUUGACCCUAUAUCCUAUCCCCCAUUAUUCCCAUCAACUAUAUAUCCCCGCAAAUUCCCCCACAGCCAACGUCCAAACGGCCCCUACCCAUGAAAUAUCUAUCAAACUUUCUCCCAAUCCUACUCCUGACACGGGAGAUGUAUGGAACUUCCCCUAACCCAAAAUCGCUCGGAUAGGAGGAAUUUGAUAGAUGUAUGUAUGUAUGUACUGUAUGUAGCAAUUAAUGUUUUCUUUUUCCUCGUCUUCUUUUUAUUUCGUUUUCGUUCAUUUAAAAUUUACCCCUUCCC